CAGGUUUUCGUUCACAGGAACAUGGCAAAUAUUGUGAUGCCGUAUGAUGUCAACCUGAUGAGCUGCUUGCAAUAUGCCGUUGACUACUUGGAGGUUCAGCACAUCAUCGUCUGCGGGCACUACAGCUGCAUGGGGAUCCAGGCGGCGUUCAACAAGGAGAACUUUGCGAGCCCGCUGGAGAACUGGAUCUCACACAUCAGGGACGUUUACAGGACCCACCUGAAGGAGCUCGAGAAGAUCGAGGAUCCGAUGGCGAAGAGGAGGAGGCUGGUCGAGCUCAACGUCAUCGAGUCGUGCCGGACUGUCUACCAGAUGUCCAUCGUGCAGAACAGGCUGAAGCAGACUGAUCCGGUGCAGCCGUUCGCAACCCCGCGCAUUCAUGCGGUUGUGUAUGAUGUGGCUGAUGGGACUCUGAAGUGA